AUGAAAGUUAUUUUAAAGUUAUUACUUUUUUCGUUGCUGUUACAAAAUAAUUUGACAGCAUAUGCCCGUUACUCACAACUUGCACAAUAUUUGAAGGUACCAGAAAGCAAAGUACCUGAUUUAUUGCUUAAACAGAAAUUCUUGAUCGAGGGAAACAUGAAAAAUUCCUUAGCCAAAUUAGAUUCCACUCUUAAAGAAUUAGAUAGAUUAGCUGAAGAACACAAUGUGACCACAAUUGUGUUAAGUAAAAAUUACGAAAAGAAUAAUAUAGAAAUACGGUUAAAUCAUAAUGAAAAUAACCAAGCAUUUAUAGACAGUGCCAAAAAAUUUAAUCCGAUUAUAUUUAAUAACAAAGAAUUUUUCGAUAGUGGUGAAAAAGAUUUUAUACCGUUGAAAAAGAAAGAAGUGAGAUUUAACUCGUUUGAUUCGUCUAAUCCGCUUGCUUUAAGACCUAUAGAAAAAAAGGUUCAUGCGCAACCCAGAAGAAUAGACAUUCCUAUGUUUGCCGGAGAAGGCGUACAUACUGGUUAUAGUAAAUGUAGUGCUGGAUUCUGGGCGAUUUUUAAUAAAAAUCUCCUCCUUACGACCGCAGGGCAUUGUAAAGAUCAUGCCGUACCUGAUAAGAAAGGAAUUGUUUCUUUUUAUCAUCUAUCAUGGGAUAGGGUGGGGCCGCCAACAAGAAUUGAUGAUGAUGAUUAUAUUGGACCAAUGGUUUUACAAGAUUUUAAAGAUGGUAACGAUAGGGGAUUUAUCUUGAAAAAUACUCAAAAAAUCGCUUCCCCGGCCAUAAGGGUAAACGAUUCAGAUUUUGAGAUAUAUCAUAUUCUCGGUUCGUUAGAUAUAGAUGAGUCAUACAUAGGAGCUUCAGUAUGUAUAUCUGGUGUUACCUCACGUGUAACAUGUGGUAAGAUAUUAGAAGUCGGUGCGGAGUCUACCGCAUACAGGAAUGGUUCCACAAUUACACAUACGGACACUAUCCAAACAAGUAUCAUAUCUAAGCCUGGUGAUUGUGGUUCACCUGCGUUCAUAUUUAAUCUUGAUACGCUUCCCACUGUUUUUCUUAUCGGUAUACUUGUAGCUGGGUAUGGUAAUGAAAGCUCCACAGUUUUACCUAUGAAAAAACUUUUACAAGAAAAUCAAACACUUCUUACAAUAUUGAAUGUCGACGAAGUGCUCUUUUGA